ACGUAUUUAUCAAGGCAAGCACGCGCCAGACCGCAGCUCGCUUCGCCGCCAAACUGUGGUUGUAAACGGACCAAAAGAAAGUGAAAGUGGAAGACUUGUCCCCAGAGCUUUUUGUUGCCUAUCACAAGGGAGCUGUUGCUCUUUUCUUGAAUGACUCUCGUCGCGAGUGGACUGAAAACCUUCGGCAUUUCGCGGAUUUCAAGUUAGACGUCAGAAAGCUGUGACCAUUUCUUUCCCUUUCUCCAAGGGCCAGUGGUUUAUGAUGGUGAACAGCAGGGUGGAGGGGCCCACAGUGGCCGUAGUGGGAGGGACAGCAGGUCGGUCGUGCGCAGGAUGUGGAGGUCGAAUAGUAGACCGCUUCCUCCUCUUCUCAAUGGAGCAGUACUGGCACACGCGCUGUCUCAAGUGCUCCUGCUGCCACGCUCAGCUGGGCGAGUACAGCAGCACCUGCUACAGCAAAGGAGGGAUGAUCCUCUGCAAGAACGACUACAUCAGACUUUUUGGACACAGCGGCGCUUGCAGUGCAUGUGGACAGGCUAUCCCUGCUAGCGAAAUGGUGAUGCGGGCACAAGGAAACGUUUACCACCUGAAGUGUUUCAUUUGUGCAACCUGUCGGAACCGCCUUGUCCCUGGUGAUCGCUUUCACUACAUCAACGGGACGAUCUUCUGUGAACAUGAUCGGCCGGGAGGUGGACUACUCAGUGGACACCCAACUCAAAUGCAUGCCAAUGGCAUGAUGUCCGACCAGAAGGUAUGCUGAGAAACUAGAUGGAAAAACUUGAGUGGCUUCUACCUUCAACUCUUCUAUCGGCUUCCUUGUUCGCCUUUCUCCUCUUGUAAACCAGCUUGUCACUCUUUUCAUGAUGAGAGAAGGUUGAAUUGUUGCUUCAUUUGAGGGAGGAUGGUUGAACCACUCGACUACUGUCUCUAAUGAACUGUAGCAACAAUAGUGUUGUGAGGAUUAGCCAUGGCUGAAAGGAAGGGAAAAUACAUUGACAUUUCAUAGCAGUGACUUCAGCAAAAACCACGAUGCUCUUUGCCCACCCGUCCAAAAAGUGGAUAUUGAAUCUGGAGGUAUCACUGAACUCAACUCAUACAGAAUGCACAACAUUCGUGAGUUUUAUGGCAUUUUUUUGUGUUUGUCUGUUAAACAGUAAAAAUCCACAACUGUGUUUUCUGUGUUGUUCCAGGAUUCAUCUUAAUUAAAGGGGAAAGUGGUGGCUUUUUUUAAUCGUGUUCAUACUACACACAGAAUUAGCUUCAAAGCUUUUUGUAUCUUAUUUUUGUAUAUUAUAUAUUGUAUGUACUGUAUGUAUACUCAAUUUAGCUUUUUAUCUGAAACAAAAUGUUGCCUUUUGAAGAAUUGGUAUUGGCAUUGUGUUUUUGUGAUCUGAUGUUAUACUUUACUUGUAACUAGUAAUAACCUCUGUGAAUGGCUGGAAGCCAGUCGAGUGUGUACCUCAACUUUGGCCCAAAGUCAGCUGUCAGUCAACCUUUGGAUGAGUUAUCAAAGAAUUUGAUUAUGAAUUGUAAAGCUUGGUGUAUGCUUGGCGUAUGUACGUUCCGCGUGUAAAUGAGUUCGUCCAGCACCACUUUGGCACCCUAUCAUACUCUGCACGGCUUGUCACAGCGUGUAGUCUAUAUUCUCCCAUACAAUAGGAGGCAGUGAAGAUCGUCUACAUCACAUGGACAAUAUUUUAUUCAUAUUUUAACGUAAAUAAAUGAAACUAAAGAAUUGGGUAGUAGAACAUUGGUGUUUAAAACAGCUCUUUGUUGUCCGCCAUCUUUUCAGCGCAGGAGCUUCCGCGGGGUUUAGAAAUCUCGACAGGAAGCAUCAAGCAUAUACCAAGCCAUUUAAUUGUGCAACAGCUGAUGAAUCCAAUACGCAACUGAUCCACCUGGAAAGCUAAUAGCACUUCUCUUGACAUCGUAGCACCACAACACAUUGUCCAUUUGUAUAAUAAAAGAACUUUUUUUCUCACUUUCA